AUGAUAAAUUUAGUUUUAGUUCAUUACGUUGCUACGAUAGACGAAAACCCUGAGCCGGGGACUGUGAUAAAUUUUGGUGAGCAAUAUUCAGCCAGAGUGAAAGACGAAGAUAUUGGAAAAGCUGGGGUGUUUGCGUUAAAGUUGGAAAAUAACAAUAAUACGUUUGAAAUAAAUCCGACGGUUGCAGAACGCAAUGCAGACUUUAUUAUAACCGUUCGAGAUAACACAUUCAUCGAUUAUGAAUUAUACAAAGUUUUAUCGUUCAAGAUUGUAGCUCAGGAAGUUGGUCCAGCCACAAAUCUAUCAGCGUCAGUGCCAGCUACAAUAUUUUUAAGAGAUAUAAACGAUAAUCCGCCAAUAUUUGACGAACAAUCAUACGAGAUAACAUUAUCUGAAAACGUAACUGCGGGUUCACGCGUGAUUCAGGUACACGCAACUGACAAAGAUACAGGUGUUUAUGGCAGUAUCCGAUAUACCGGUAUAACCGGAGAAGGCAGUCAAGCUUUCACUAUGGAUUCAGACACCGGAUUAAUAACUGUCGCUAUGGGUUCUUCCUUAGAUCGUGAAGUAGCAGCAAGACUUGUAUUAACCGUUGAAGCUCGGGAUGAAAAUGGCAAUGGUAACAGUGGCGUUGUUCCUUUAAUAGUUAAUCUACUUGACGUGAAUGAUAAUGCACCAAUAUUUGAAAAGGACGUUUACGAGUUUAUGUUGAACUCUGAUCUAACUAAUUUUACAUCACCAGCUUUGAUAAAGGCGAUCGACGCUGACGCAGAGCCACCCAACAAUGUAGUUAGAUACGAAUUAGUUUACGGAAACUACGGGAAGAAAUUCGAUUUAAACGAAACGAGUGGUGAAUUAAUACUUUUAUUACCGAUUACGAAAUUCAGACAAAAGAAACAGAGCGCAUACGAGAAAUUUUCGAAGAAAGCUAAAACGAAAUUUGUCAAUAGUCAAGAAGAAAUACGAAACGAUUUCUUAAUGGUGACUAGAAAUGUGAACGAAUCUACGAGGAUUAAUUUGGGAAAUUUAACGAAGGAAAUGUCGACGGAAGUUAUAAAGAAACGACGAAAACGAGCUGACGACGAUGCACUGUACACUCUCACUGCCAGAGCAUACGAUCUAGGUGUACCGCAUCUUUCAAGUACAACAAAAAUUCGGAUCCUCAGUGGAAUCGCAAUGGAAGCACGCAUAAUGAUGUUCGUGGUGCCAGGAGAACAGCCGAACUCAACGAAAACUGCUGAAACUUUAGCCGCUAUUACAGGUGGUCGAGUGACUGUGUUAGAAACGCGACCUUAUGUUCAACGGAAUGACACUGGAAGUACAGGGAUUCUUCCUGGAGGAGGGAAAAAGAGUAUUAUCGUGGCUCGCGUCGAGCAAACGGAACCAGGUACGUCUUUGGUAGAUGUAGAAAAGAUUCGAGAAGCUUUAGCUGCGAAUGGAGUCGGGAUCAUUGCUGGAAACGCGAUUAUGAACACGAGUAUACAUAUCGACAAUACAAACGUUCCUGUUGAUGGUACUCAUACAAAUGUCAAUGAUGGUCAAACGACUCUUAUUAACAACACUAUUGCUAUUGUUCCAAGCGAAGAAGUGACGGUGUACAAAGCAGAAAACAAAUUAUUAUUCUGGCUUCUGAUAAUCCUGGUGUUACUUAUACUUUUGGCCAUUGCCGCGUUAAUUAUCUGCUGCAUAUGUCCUGGAUGUCCUUUUUAUAUGGCACCCAGAAAAAGACGAGUACAUUCGUCAGAAACAUUGGUGGUACGAUCAGAUGGAAGACCAAAACGACAUCUUCAUCGGCAGCCUGCGGUAGCUACCGAAGUAUCGUGGAAUGGAAGGAAACAGGCAUGGAGUGCUGAUCCAACAAGAAGAAAUUGGCAAUUCAAUAGAAGAAACGUAAAGAAUUGUUCGCUUCCUGGCGACGUUGCUUACAUUUCUGGGCAACCAAACGACGUUCAAAUGAACCUUGAAGCUCAAAGAUUAAGAGAUGAACAUUCUUACGAUCACUCGAGGAAGAGCAGAAUAAAUGAACAAGAAAGAAUGUACAUGGAGGAUGUGGAAGAUCAAAAGGCAAGAGGUUAUCGUACUGCUGAAUUGGACUCUUUACAACGACACGAAAUAGAAAGAGGUUCCGAUCUGCAACAUCAAGCUUAUAGGCAAAGAUUCGUGGAAGCUGACAUGAACGAAGAACCAACUGUCAGAGAGCAACAUUUCUACCGCGAAGGAAACGCUGAAGUCUUACGGCUAGUGACACGAGGACAAGUGGAAGAUACGACAAGCCAUCUUCACCAACCUCAUCAUCACCGCCCAACAGCCUUGAUCGUAGAUGGCAAGGAUAUAAUUCUGCAAAGAUUCAUAGAAGACCAGAAGUCGAGGCACGAGUUGUCGAUGCAGGACAUCGAAGCAGCUCGUAGCAUGGAAUCGCAUCAACGAUCGAAAGAAGUAUGUCAGCAACAACAGCCAGAGAUAAUCCUGAUACCGGACAGGUUGGAUCUCGGUCAUAGGCAGCACAUCGAAGAAAUAAGACCUAACGUGCAGAGGCUAGUGAUCGAUCACGGUGACUAUGGUUCGCAAAAGAUAGACAAAGAAUCUCUAAGGGAAUCUCAGAUGAGAGAAACUAUGAGGCAAGAGAAGCAAGAGGCUGUGGCAAGUGGUGCUCCAAUUGCUGACAGACCGUCGGUCGUUACCACAGAUCACGUUCAAGCAAAUAGCAGCCAGUAUCCGUUCCACGACUUGGAGCUAGCAAGACAAAACGCGCUAUUGACUCGAUUACUACUCGAAAAAGAAAACCGUCGUGCAGGAGCCGGUGGAGUGGACUCCACAAGUUACUUAGAAACGCAAAGCCUUCCCGGGCAAGUAGCGAUCGCUACUCAAACUGACAGAACAGCGGCCACUCAAACGGAACGUCAGGUGAAAAGUAGAAGCGACAACGACGAAUCCGACGAGGAGUCAAGACACAGGAAAAAAUUGAAGUCUAGGAAGAAGUACGGCGAUGGAGAUUGGAAAAGGUCUAGAACUCUGUGGAUGAAGUCGCCGAUCGAAGAAGAAGUGAGUCCUUGUUUCGAUAAACGAUUGAGCAUUCUGAGGAAAAAGGUGAGGGAGGUGAAAGAAGGCAGGAAGAUUUCUCUGGAGCCGGAUGUACUGAGGGAAAUCUCGGAUUCUUUGGAUGGAAAUGGAAGUUCGUACAAAGGCGAAGACGACGAAACGAUGCGGAGUUAUCAAAAAACCGAACGCACGAGUAUCAGUUAUAAGAUUCUGAACGAGAAGGAGACUGGCUCGCAAUCUUCCGAGGAGAUACGCAAGGAGAGGCACGAGAAAAGUUGCGAGGACGUAACUGACGAUCAAAAGAUGAACGUCACCGAGUCUACUUCCUCGCCAGAAAUAAAAGUUCAACGCGAAAAGUACGUCCGCGAGAAGGCAGACGGCAGAAGUCCGAAAAAGGAGGGAAAAUCGAAGACACAGAAAAAGUCAGAUAGCGUGAUAAAGCCGAGUUUCAGGAUUCUUGAGAAAGAGUUUACAAUGCUAACGAAGAAGCUGAGCAAACUGGGUGACAAAAAAUUUCAGGAGAGCACUGGCAGCGACAGCACGAGCCAGGAGAAAUCAGAUUCGUUUGCGAAAGAGUCGAAAAAGGACUUGGAUCAGAAAAGCGCGAAAAAGAUGGAUUCCUCGAGUUCUCAGAAACAAACAGCUGAAUGUACCGCGAGCUCGUUAAAGGCCGAACAGAAAGGAAAACAGAAGAAGGAGUCGGCCAUAGCUAAAACGAAACAAAAGCUGAAAUAUCAACAGAGUCAAGUGAUGAGCACGGGAAGUUCCGAGUUCGACGAUGCUCUUGACAAACCGAAGAAAUUUUGCGGAACUCGUCACGAAAGCGUGAAACAGAAGCAACCAAUGAGCACUCAAGGUCAUGCGAAAGUGAAACGUCAAACGCAAAUGGAGCGACGAGAACCUAAGAAGCAAAUGUCCGAAUUUCGAGACGAAGAAGUUGAGAAGCGAAAGGAAGGUCCCUCGAAGGAAACACCAAAGGCUGAAUUAAAGUCUGAGAGGAUUGGGAAAAUGAUGACGAAAGCACCAAAACUGGGUACUAUAUCUCGUAAACAGAACAUCGCUGAAGAAACCAGCACCAGUACAGAAGAAAAAAGAGGAGGAAGAGAUGCGUUUACUCCAAGAGAUUUCGAAAAGAAAAGCAGUACAGAUUUUUCAGAAGGAGAUUCAAAUGGCGUACAGCAACGCGUGGUGGAAAGGUUUCCAAAGAAAAUAAUUGAAAAAUUUAGCGACGACUUCGUUGAAGAACCGAAGAAAGAAAUCGUGGAACAACAAGUAACAAUUCCUAUGGGAGAAGAGCGGGAUACAACGAACGUAGAAAAACACAAGAUUGUUACAGAGAAAGAAUUAUGUAUUCCUGACACAAUACAGGUGUCAAAAAAUGGGAUGAAGUGGAUUCGAGAUACAGUUGAAGAACAUGUGAAAUCUGAAGAAUAUAUAAGUGCAAAGAAAUCGAUCGAUGAUUCUACGGCUCAUGCUAAAGAAGAAUUGAUUGCAGGUUUUACGGCUAUUGAUAUGAUGGCUGCAACUAAAAAAGAAGAGCUCAGUGAAACUACCACACGAGAUCGACAAACUGAUAAAACUUCGUCUGAAAAAGAACCUAUGGAGAGUAUAAAAUAUAGCGAUACAGCUGAAGAAAAAGAAAGUACGCAGACAGAUAAAUUAACGAGCGAAGCUGAAAAAGACAUAGCUGAACGUAUAAAGGAUAAAUUAGAAGAUUAUAAGGAAGAAGAUAAAUCAUUAGAUGAGUCCAAAAAGCAAAUUGAAAUGAAACCAGUGCGCGAAUUAGAAGGGCGGAAACAAGACGAUAAAGAAGAUGAUAAGUACGAGUAUUUGGAGCAGAAAAUGAAAAGGCUGUCAAAAGAUGUUGGGAAAGAGAGUGUGGCUUUAAAAGAGCUUAAAGGGACAGAAGUAGAAUAUAGAGCUGAAGGAAUUUCUACAGGAAAGGAAGAAGCAGAAAAAGAACUAGAAGUCAAAGUCGAUGCUCCUAAAGAAGAAAAACGUAAUGAUAAAAUAGAUACAAUGCAAAAGAUCGAAAAACCAAUUGAGAAAUAUAUAAAAACUGAAAUGCCAAGUAAUGAACAGGACAGUGUGAGACAAGAUGUGGCAGAUGAAUCAAAAAUACGCGGGGAAAAAGAUAAAACAGAUAAAACUAAUGGAGAAGAGAAAACUAUCGAAGAGAAGGAAGGUUCAAUACAAGCAACAUCCAGUGACCAGGAGAAAAAAAUGACCGACUCAGACACGAUUGAAGUUCCCCGUGAAAAAGAAACUACGUCAAUGAUUGAAACUUACGAUCGAAAGGCUGAAGAAAAUGUUUUUUUAGAUGAGCAGAAAAAGUACGACGAAGACGUUACAAGAAUUAAACCUGUUGAUCAAAUUGUAGAAAGUACUUUCGUAGAUGAAGAUAAAAAAGGCAUUAGUGAUAAAAACGAAGUCAUGGUGGAAGCUACAACUGAAGAUGACAAAGCUGUUGAAAAGGCAAGUGAGGAUUAUAACAUUACUGAAAAAGUAACUGAGGAUGAAAAAUUUGAUAAGAAAAUAAUGGAUGAUCGUAAAAUUUUUCCAGAAGCAACUAUGGAUCAAGGAGUUGGUAGAGAAAUAAAUAAGGAUCAGAAAAUUGAUGAACAAGCAAGGGAAAUUGAUCAAAUUACUCGAGAAGAACAUUUUGGGGAUCCCAAAAUUAUCGAAGAAACAACGACAGAUCAAAAAAUAGAUAAAGAAAUAACUGAGGGUCAGAAAGUUGAUAAAGAUAUCACUAAGUUUACAAAAAUGGAUACAGGAACGAAAGAGGAUGAUAAAAUUCUUGAUAAGAUACCAGCGGACCAUAAAAUUAUUGGAGUUACUGGAGACAAAAAGACUUCUAAAGAAACAACUGAGCUUGAAAUUGCUGAAACAGUAAUUCCAGAUGAUAGAAUUAUUAAAGAAACAACUGAAGAUCAGAAAAUUGAUGAAAAAGCAGCAGAGGGGUAUAAAAUUUCCGAAGAAGCUACUACGGACAAAGAAAUGACUAAAUCGACAACUACAGAUUAUAAAACUAGUAAAGAAACAAGGGAUGAUGACAAUAUUGAUGGAGAAGCAACUGCAGAUCAGAAAAUUGGUAAAGAAACAAAAGACGAUGAUAAUAUUGCUGGAAAACCAACUACAGACCAGAAAAUUGGUAAAGAAACAAAGGACGAUGAUGAAAUUGCUGGAAAACUAACUGCAGAUCAGAAAAUUGGUAAAGAAACAAAGGACGAUGAUGACAUUGCUGGAAAACCAACUGCAGAUCAGAAAAUUGGUAAAGAAACAAAGGACGAUGAUGACAUUGCUGGAAAACCAACUGCAGAUCAGAAAAUUGGUAAAGAAACAAAGGAUGAUGACAAUAUUGAUGGAGAACCAACUACAGAUCAGAAAAUUGGUAAAGAAACAAAGGACGAUGAUGACAUUGCUGGAAAACCAACUGCAGAUCAGAAAAUUGGUAAAGAAACAAAUGAUGAUGACAAUAUUGAUGGAGAACCAACUACAGACCAGAAAAUUGGUAAAGAAACAAAGGACGAUGAUGACAUUGCUGAAAAACCACCUGCAGAUCAGAAAAUUGGUAAAGAAACAAAGGACGAUGAUGAUAUUGCUGGAAAACCAACUGCAGAUCAGAAAAUUGGUAAAGAAACAAAGGACGAUGAUGAUAUUGCUGGAAAACCAACUGCAGAUCAGAAAAUUGGUAAAGAAACAAAGGACGAUGAUGACAUUGCUGGAAAACCAACUGCAGAUCAGAAAAUUAUAGAAACAAUUGAGAAACAAGACACUAUUAAAGAAGAAACUAAACAUUAUAAAACUGUUGAAAAAGCAACCGAGGACUUCAAAAUUACUGAACUAGAAGCUACAUAUCAUAAAAUGGUUGAAAAGACAACUGAGGACCACACAAGUGUUGGCGAUCUCGGAAUUUUAACAGAAACUAUCGUUGAUUUCAUUGGUAAAGAGAAAACAUCCGGUGAGGAGAAGAAAAUUUCAAUGGAAAUCGAUAAGGACAAAGUUGGUAAAGAAGAAGCUAUUUUUUUAGACAAAGAAGAGGUGCCUGGUGAGCAAGCAGGUACUACAGAUCUUAAAUCGGAUGAUCAGCAAAUAGAUAAAGAGAUUGGAAAUGGAAAGAGAAAUGGAAAAGAAGAAGCCGUAGAUAUUACGUCUGAUAAUGAAAAUGAAAAGAGAAAAAGUAGUUCCCCCAAGGAAAGGGAAACUUCCACAAAAAAAGAAGUUACGAAAGAACCAGUUGCUAGCGACGAUCACAAAACUAGUGAGAGAGAUGUUUCUAUUGACGCGAAGAAGGAAACACGUGUUGAAGAAGAAAAAGAAAUUGUAAAAAGCGAAGAAACCAAAGAACAAGCAAGUAUUAUCGACGAUAAAGAAAAGGAAAAAUAUCACGAUAAAGAAGAAAAAAUAACUAUAGAGACUGUAAAAAUUGAUGACCAUCCGAUCGAAGAAAAAGAAAUUAAUAAAGGAAUGCAAAAAAUAGAUGAUUCCAAAACUACUGAGAAAGAGAGUACAGAAACAGAAGAAAUUGAUGACAGUCAAAUUCCUGUCGAGGGAAUUGUUCCAGAAACUUCAGAAAUUAAACAGCAAAUCACAAUUGAAAAAGAGGAUGAUACAUCAACGAUUCAAGAUUAUCAGAUCGAUAAAGAAGUUAUUCCCAUGAAAAUACCUGAUGACACCACUGAAGAAAAAGAUGAUUCGUCAAAAAAAUCAACCACUGAGAAAGAAGAUAGUGAAACAACAAAGGAUUCAACGGAAAUGCCUACUUCAAUCGAUAGUGAUAUGAAAAAAGAAAGUCCAAUGGAGACAUCAGCUGUUGAUGAUCACAUUGAUAAAACAGAUGGUGUCCUCGAUACAUUAACGAAUGGCAAAGGAUCGAUAAUUUCGAGUACUGAAAAAGAAAUUGCAACUAUCGAACAAUCAUCUACAAACGAUAGAAUUAUCGAGAAAGAAGUUGCUUCGUUAUCUUUCGACAACAGAGAAGAGAAAGAAAAGAAUGGAGUCCAAAUUUCGGACAUUAAUAAAUCUCCGACUCCUGGAAUAGAUGGCGAGUCCGGGGCACUUGUGGAACCACCAGUAGACGAUAAACAAACGAAAGAAGACGUGGGGAAAGAUAAAAUUAUUGAUCUCUCGGAUGACAAAAUAAUAUCAACUUCAAAGGAUGCGGCGAAAAAGGUUGAGCAAAUUAAUGUUCUUGAAGAAGCAAAGGAAGAAGAAUCCGACGAAAAGAUAAAAAUCGAUGACUCCUCGAGAGAUGAAGCGACAAAAUUAGUGGCAGAAGAACCUGUCGAAAAAUCAGAAAUUGGUAAACCUUUAAAGGACGAGCCAGCAUCACCGGCGAAAGAAAGUCAAGACACCGCCGAGGAGUUAUUCGAAAAAACGCACGAAGUGAGCAAGGAACCCGAGAAACUUUUGGAUAAUGAAACAGCAGAUAGCAAACUAGCACGAACUACCGAGAAGGUGGAGCAGUUGCACGAACCAUCAGGUAAAGUGAGCAGUAGUUUUCAGGAAAUCGAAUUGGUUGAAACUUCCCCGCAGAUGUACGAGACGACAGAGAAAGAAAAGUUUGCGUUUGAUUCCACUAUACGGAAAGCUUCAACAGAUUCCGGGAAAAUAUCCGAAUCCGAAGAGCAGUUGAAGUCAGAGAGCGAGCAAACUGAAUUACAGGAAGUAGAACAAUUUGUUGAGGAACAAACUUUUACCGCGGAGGAAGCCGACAUUCAGAGGGAGGCAUUUCCGGAGGAACAGUCAAAUAUGGGAUUUAAUGUACCUACGAUUGUCCCCAAUGGCCAAUCAGAUAAGCAAGAUCUAACGAAGCCGAAAAUGGAUAAAACUUUGCCUCUAGAGGAAGAUAUAGGGCAAGAAGAGAGGCAGGAAAUACCUGUUGAGGGAAAAUUUAUAGACGUAAGCCUUCCACUUUUUACAAGCAUAAUAGAUACGGUGGUUGAUUCUGAAGAUAGUGAUUCAUCGAGUGAUAUUUCCAGGAAGACAACGUUAACUACCAGACCGUAUCAGACACCACGACAUCGCGCUCCACAACUGUCUGAGAAAGAAAUUAGUCAAAAGGAGGAGGCAACUGAACUACAGGACAUGGAAGAUGAAGAACGAGUGACGAUAUCGAUCGAAGAGAUAGUAGAUGAGGACGUAGAAUCUUCGAAAGAAGACAAAAUGUUCGUGGAAUUUGAAGAUACAAGCGAGGCAGAAGAAGAUAAAGAAACUGUAUCAAGGGAAAGGACUAUGGAUAUACAAACGCAUUUUAGUCCAAAGAAAAUAAUCACAGCGACUGACAGAGAAGAUAUGAAGAAAGACGAGCAAGCAGAAUCUGCAUGCAGUUUAGAACUGGAUAAAGAAUCCUCUACUAGUACAAAAUUAGAAUCUGGGACGAAGGAGUUUGAUACGAAGGCUGACAGACAAGAUAAAGCUCGUGACAAAGAAUGUUCGACUAGUACGAAACAUGUAAAGGAUACGAAAAUAGAUUCUGGAACGAAAGGCUACGAUAGAAAGCCUGAUAGACAAGAUGAGGUUCGUGAGAAAGAAUCGUCGACUAGUACACAACGUGUAAAAGAUACAGAACUAGAACACGAAAUGAAAGACGACGAUAAAAAGGUUGAUAAACCAGACGAACCGUCAUUAAUUUCUAAACUUGCAAAAACCGAGACCUUUAAAGUUACUGAUAGAAGAAUGAAAGAGCUGGAAAAGAAAAGAGUAAUUCCACGAAGGAAGAAAAAAAGUUCUUCCGAGGAAUCUUCGGAGGAAAAAGCAACUCAUUUUCACGAUGUAACGAGUCACGGUGGGUAUCGGACACGUAGAAAGCUCCCGGAAGAACAACCGAAGCAAAAAGAUAGCGAUCAAACGAAACAAUCAAGGAAACGAGAUGAGGAGUCACGGCGAAAGCAAUCUCUGUCGAAAUUGAAAGCCGAAAAGGACAAGAAAUCAUCCAGUAGCAGCGAGAAAUAUCCAACUCCGCCGAAAACAGGAGAAAUCGAUACGAGUAAGACACGACCGAAAUACAUGGCCUGGUACAAAAAGAAUCGAGAAGAAAUGGAAAAGAAACGAGCCGAAUUAAUGGCUACGGACGACGAGGAGCAACUUCCUCGAUGGUUACGAAGGAGUAUGAAAAAUCAAAAAACUGAGAAGGAAAGUAAAAAGUUAUCGAGCCAUAAAACUGCUGACACGACUCCACGAACGAGACGCAAAGUGAAACCUUUGGUAAACGUCGAGUCUGAACAAUUGAAAGCUAUCGUUCGUCAAGGAAGAAAAUUAAGGAGAGCCGAAGGAGGAAAAAACGAAGAUCCACCGGUUCAAAUAUUCGCGACAACGCCACCCUCGACAUCGCAAGAUCCUAAAUAUCAUUUGCUACAACAUUCUGAAUACAAAUACGAAAAGAUAUCUGCGCCAUUUUACCUUCAUCCUCCACCUGCUCCUCAUCCCUCGCCGCAAUUGUCACCAGAACAUUUUGAUAUUCCACCUACGAUGGAUCAAGGGUGUACCGGUGAAGAUUUCGAUUCUGGAAUAACAAUAUCGUUACAGGGUGGUAACAGGUUGCGACAUCAACAAUUAUUAGAAAAGAAAAGUGUAUUUGAUAUCGCUUACAGCGAAGCUGCCCCUUCUCAACUUCGUUCUGACAGUACUACACCUCCGUCUUAAAUUAGUAAUCAUUUGAGAAUCUUUUGUCUUUGUAGAAAACUAUCCUACUCUGUCGUUUAACGAUUUUUAAGAUAUUUAUUCAGGGUGGAUACAUUGUUAAACGUUUUUGAAUAUUUUACGCGACAAUUAACUUUAUACAAUUAAUCAGUUGUUACGGUUUAACAAGUGUACAGGAUAAGGUGAGGACAAAUUUAAACCUAUUACUAUCGAGCUCUUAAAUGUUAUGAAUUCUAAAAGAAAAAGGAAAAAGACACAAAUUAAACUAAAAAUGACUAAAUUACGCACAAAAAAUGCAGGGUUAAUUAUAACAUAAAGUAGAUUUCAAAAAUUGUCACGUUUUAGAAUUUACACUUUGAUAGAGAAUAACAUGAAACGAAUAUGAAAUUUGAAAAUGCAUUUAAUUAUAAAAUUUGAAAAAGCGUUUAAUUUCGGUCGAGAGUGAUAAGUAUCUAUACACAGUAUUUACUAUGAAAAUAACAUUGAAAGGAAUCUGAUAGAGUUUAAUACGUUUUACGUAUGUAUAUGUACAAAUUUUAUCAAUAUUCAUUAUGAAAUAAAAAUAUUUAAUAAUAUAGGUAAUUUUAUCUAAAAGAAAUCUAUAAAAUCUAACAUAAAGAAGCAAACAGAACUAUUCGCUAAAAAUUCUAAAAUAUAUUGUAUAGUGUUCACAACGUUUAUAUAAUAGGUCUCUAAAUUAUAAUAAUAUAGUUUAUUUUAUUUUUAAAUUUUACAUUAUAACACUUUUCAAAUUAAUAAUUUUAAAGCAUAAAUACCUUAAUAUCAUUUUAUAGAAAGUGGUAAAAUGGUAAAAUUGUCUCACUAAUGCCUAUCAAAGCAUGAUGGAAUUUUAAGAAAAGGUAUGUCUAUACUUUUCAGAAUGUUUAAACAUUAAUAGUAACAUUUACAUAAUUCUGUCUUAUAAUAGAUUUUUGCGUCUGUUUUAAGUAUGUCGCUAGUCUCAGUUUUGUGAGACACCCUUUAUUAUUACGUUAAAUAUGUCAGAAACCAUUAUACAUAUUCUUAUUCUUUUAUUGUUUAAUGAAUAUUAAUAGCAUUCUAUAAAAUCGAUAGCACAUGCUUUUAUCUGGUACAAACUAAGUUGCUUUAUGCGAAAGAUGAGUUUUUAUAACUCAUGAAGGUAAUUUAUGAAGCUAGGCAAUUGUUACAACCAAUCUCAUUAAUCCUAAUUGAUUACACGACGAGCUGAUUGAUUAUACUGAAUGGAUUACAUAGUGACUAAUUAUGGUCAUAAAACCACUUAUAGUACUCGUACGAUUUAUUGUUCAUUCUCAUUUAUUUAUUGAAUUAAUUUUAAAGAAAAUUGUACAAAUUCUUAAAAUUUACUAAAAACUGUACAAAACAACACUACAUUACUCGCAUUACUCUAUCAGAUUCCUGUUUCUUCAAAGAAAUUACUUCUUUAUAACUGGUUUUUUCAAAAUGAAUACUACUUUAAAGAACAAUUUUGUUAACGUUAUCGUCGUCUGAAGAAAAAAGGUAUACUGUUUCGAUGACCAAUUUUAGAUUAUAACUAUUAUUCCAAUAUUACGAUGUUUAUAAUUAUCUUGUAAAUACAUAU